UUUAUUUAUUUGUAUUUGUUUACACUUCGGGAAGUCACGGUUUAAAUAGUUACAGAAAAAAAAAACAAACAAACAAAAAAAAAAACAUUCAAACAUGUGCAAGAUACUAAAAGUGUUCCAGGCUGGGAUACUGACGUGUUUUCUAGGAGGAUGGGUCUGCAGUGCCACGGCAAAAGCGAAUGAAAAAUUUGCACCAGAGGGCUGGCUGCAGCAGUAUGGCUACCUGCCUCCAGGUGACCUGCGCACCCACACUGUGCGCUCUGAGCAGACCAUCUCCUCGGCCAUCGCGGACAUGCAGCGUUUCUACGGGCUCAGAGUCACGGGCACCAUUGACCCCAAGACCGUCCAAGCAAUGCAGCGCCCGCGGUGCGGAGUUCCUGACAAAUUCGGCUCAGAAUUGAAAACCAACUUGCGGCGAAAACGCUACGCCAUCCAGGGGCUGAGAUGGAACCACAACGAAAUCACCUUCUGUAUUCAGAACUAUACUCCCAAGGUGGGGGAGUACGAGACGUUUGAAGCAAUCCGCCGUGCGUUCAAAGUCUGGGAACGCGUGAUCCCGCUGCGCUUCAGAGAGAUCCCCUAUCACCUUAUCAGGGACAAGCAUGAGAAGUUUGCUGACAUCAUGCUGAUGUUCGCCGACGGUUUCCAUGGGGACAGCACCCCCUUCGAUGGCGAGGGGGGCUUCCUGGCACACGCGUACUUCCCUGGCCAGGGCAUAGGGGGCGACACUCACUUUGACUCCUCCGAACCAUGGACUGUCGGGAACUCGGACCUCUCUGGUAACGAUGUGUUCCUGGUAGCGGUUCAUGAGCUAGGCCACGCCCUCGGCCUAGAACAUUCCAAUGACCCCUCUGCGAUCAUGGCACCUUUCUACCAGUGGAUGGAUACAGAGAACUUCGAACUGCCUGACGAUGACCGCAGAGGAAUCCAACAGCUCUACGGUAGCUCAGCGUUCCCAGCACCCACCGUCCCCCCGAGGAAGCCCGACACCACCACCACCACCAGGCGACCCCACGUCCCCAGGACCCCCGGCAAACCAAACGGACCCCCGUACGGACCCAGCGUGUGUGAGGGUGGCUUUGAUACCAUUGCUAUGCUGCGCGGGGAAAUGUUCGUCUUCAAGAACAAGUGGUUUUGGCGUGUUCGUAAUAACCGCGUGAUGGACGGCUACCCCCUGCCAAUCGGUCACUUCUGGAGAGGCCUGCCCGCCUCCAUUGACAGCGCUUAUGAGAGGAAGGACGGCAAGUUUGUCUUCUUCAAGGGUGACAAGCACUGGGUGUUCUCCGAGGCCAGUCUGGAGCAGGGCUAUCCCAAGAGCCUCAGAGAGUUAGGAAAGGGGCUGCCCAAGGACAGGAUUGAUGCAGCGUUGUUCUGGUUACCCAACGGAAAGACCUACUUCUUCAGGGGAGACAAGUAUUACCGCUUCAAUGAGGAAAUGAAAUCUGUGGAUUCGGACUAUCCCAAACCCAUCAGCGUUUGGGAAGGAAUUCCGGAUUCUCCCAAAGGAGCAUUUAUGGGAAGCAAUGGAGUGUACACUUACUUCUACAAGGGAAACCGCUACUGGAAGUUCAACAACCAGAAGCUGAAGGUGGAGCCCGGCUACCCGAAGUCGGUGCUGCGAGACUGGAUGGGCUGCGAUGGUGACGGAGAGUAUGAAGAGAGCCCCGACGGCAGGGAGACGGAAGUGAUCAUCAUCGAGGUGGAGGAAUCAGACCGUGGGGUGGACGCAGCAGCCAUCGUCCUCCCCGUCCUCCUCUUGAUCUGCGUCCUUCUCGCCCUGGGAGCCGUCAUCUUCUUCAAGCGCUACGGGACGCCUCGCCGCCUGCUCUACUGUCAGAGAUCCUUGCUGGACAAGGUUUGAGCCGAAAAUCGAUGCAGCUGGCUAGCGUAAAGGGCGUGUUUGAAUCUCUUUCUCCUGCUUUCUCAACCCUCAAUUUCCAUAGUCUAAACAUAAAUCUAUAGGGGUGUACACUAUUUGAACGUUUAAACGUUUUUCCAAGUGUUUUACUUUUAACCAUUGAGUGUCGUCUCAUCACGUUAAGGUUGGGUAUCUUGUGACCACUGUCACAGAGAUGUGUCCGUUGGAGAGCUGCAGUGUUGGUGGAGUGUGUAGUGCAAGGCUACUUUAUUUCAGGUCUUUUCCAUGCACACUUCAACGUUGUGCGCAUCUAGUUAAAGUUGUUGACCAUCAUAAAUAGCAACAGCCCCCUAAUCUAGGGCUUCAUGUGAUGGCUUUUCGAUUUGACAUCCCCAAUAUGUUGAAGCGUUCAAAUGCGUUUACUCCUAGACACACCCCAUCAGAGUUACAGGCUUGCAGUCAGCUGUUUUUUUUUUUUAAUUCUCUACAUAAGAAGCAACUGGUGGUGUAUCGCUUGAAGACCGGAAUGCUUAUUAAAGAAGGGAGUUCUCUGCCCUCUU